UUCUCUCCAUCAGCCAGUCUCCUCUCAGUCAUUCUACCCGCGCACAGCUGAGCCUCAGCAUCCAACCAGCCUGCCUCCUCCUCCGCCCCUCUCUCGCUCUCUCCUCCUUUCACACACACCACACACACAUUUCUCAUAUACCUCUCAGUUGCUGCUGAGCCCGGUCAACAGGAGCAGCAGCUCUGAGCAAAGACGCAAAAGAAACAACACAGCCUUUUCCCCCGCACCCCCCCCCCCCACCCCCAAAACAAAGAAAAGAAAAGAAAACCAGACUAAGAGGAUCAGGAUGAGGAUGAGUGUGUUCAGUGUGCCGGCAGUUCCUUGUUGCCGUCCCACAAAGAACGCAGGGAGCUUCACGUCCCCCCUGCUUCUCACUGUCCUGCUCCUGACCAGCGGCAGCAACAGCAGCAGCAUCGGGGCCGUCCCCUCUCCGUUCCAGCUGGCCCCGGACACCCCGGCACCGGCCGAGCCCACCCCGACCCAGGCGACACCUCGUCCAGACCCCUGCGAAGGCAGACCCUGCCUCAACGGGGGAUUCUGCUUGGCCCUCCUCCCCUCGGCAGGCAGGCCAGAGGACAUCUGGGAGUACGCGUGUACGUGUAACCAGGGCUUCACUGGACGCAACUGUGAGUUUUUCACAGACCCCUGUGCCAGCAGCCCCUGUCUCCAUGGAAACUGCAGCCAGCGCAACGGCAGCGAGGAGGGGGAGCAGGCCUACACCUGCGAGUGCGCCGAAGGCUACGAGGGGGAGAGGUGCGAUCAGGUCCUGCUGGACCUGCCGGCCGCAGACUGGGACCCCGCCACCCCCUCCGCUCCUGAGCUGGCCACUCCGGUCGCCUCCACGACCACAGCCGCCACUCAGCCGCCGCAACCGACCACCGUUCCCACCACCACAACGCCGCCUCCUCCCACCCUGCAGCCAUGGCAACCCAAACCUGGGCAGAGGUUGCUGGUAGUGCCGUGGGAGGCAGACAGGGUGACCGAGGGUCUGCACUGUGUGAGUCCGGAGCUUUGUGAGCUGACAUCAGGAACUCUGACUCUGUCUCUGGAGGUGCCUGAAGAGACGGCUGUAAAGGUCGUGGUGAAUGCCAGUGGAGCUCCCGUGCUGUGGCGAGUGAACGAAGAGGGUUUCCUCCGUUCGUCCAUUUUGAACGGCACCACCAUGUGGUUCCUGCAGACCCCGGAUGGACUGGUGGUGCCAGACCACUUGCUUCCCCUGGGACAGAACUACUUCCUGAGUGUGAUUCGCGUUGGCGCUCCCACGGCCCCGGAGGUCACGCUCCGUCUCAACCUGACGGUGAAGGCCAGCAGCUGUGUGGAGCCCGGCAGCAGCUUCAGUGACCCUCAGUGCUCCGGAAAAGGCAAAUGCAUCACCCAACCCUCUGAGAGCACCUUCUUCUGCGAGUGCGAAGACGGCUACACCGGGAUUUUUUGUGAGGAAUAUGACGCCUGCCACCACCGACCUUGUCGCAACAACGGCACCUGCACUGACAUCAGGCAGGGGGGUGAAGGACGCAACUUCACGUGCACCUGUCAACCAGGUUAUGAAGGAGAGCGUUGCCAGUUGUUGGUCGAUCACUGCGUCUCCCAGCCCUGCAAGAAUGGAGCCACUUGUUUCAGCAGCCUGGCCGGGCCCAGGUGUUACUGUCCCGAAGGUUACCAGGGUGCUACAUGUGAGCAGAAGGUGGACCCGUGUGCCUCCAGCCCCUGUCACAAUAACGGGACAUGCUACGCCCAGGGCCCCGGCCCCCUGGGGUUUGGAUGUAGCUGCACAGCAGGGUUCACAGGACCCACCUGCGCCCAGCUGGUGGACUUCUGUGCCCUGAACCCCUGCGCUCACGGGGUCUGCCGCAGCGUGGGAAACAGCUACAGGUGUCUUUGCGUGCCAGGCUACCAUGGCUUGUACUGUGAGGAGGAGUACAAUGAGUGUCUGUCUGCCCCUUGCCAAAACUACGCCACCUGUAGGGAUCUCAUCAAUGCCUAUGAGUGUGUCUGCACACCCCAGUUUGAAGGCAGACACUGUGAAAUCUACAAGGACCCAUGUCUGAAGAUGCGCUGCCUGAACGGAGGCCGCUGUGAAAGUGCGGGACUUAAUGCUUCCUGUUCCUGCCCGCCUGGAUACCUGGGGGAAAAAUGUGAGGUCGACGUCAAUGAGUGCGACAGCAACCCUUGUCACCACGGAGGCACGUGCAUCGACCAAUCAAAUGGCUUCACCUGUCACUGUCCACCUGGGUGGGUGGGACCCAGCUGCGAGAUCCACCUGCAGUGGAAGCCUGCACACACUGAGGACACCUUGACCAACAUGCCCCGCCACUCCCUCUAUAUCAUAAUUGGAGCUCUGUGCGUGGCCUUCGUGCUCAUGCUCAUCAUCCUCAUUGUGGGCAUCUGCCGCAUCAGCCGCAUCGAGUAUCAAGGUUCCUCCCGCCACGCCUACCAGGAGUUCUACAACUGCCGCAGCAUUGACAGCGAGUUCAGCAACGCCAUCGCCUCCAUCCGCCAUGCCAGAUUUGGGAAAAAGUCCAGACCUGCGAUGUAUGACGCCACUCCCAUCGCCUAUGAAGACUACAGUCCUGAUGACAAGCCACUGGUUACCCUCAUCAAGACAAAGGAUUUGUAAAACACGACUGCGUUUCACCAUUACAGGCUGUACACACACACACGCACACACACACACACGCACAUAUACAUAAUGCCAGUACAAAUCUAAAAUAAGAGCAAAAGAAAACUGAAUGUAAAGUGGAAAAAGAAAAUAAUGCAAAACAUAGACUGUAGAUUAAAAAGAGCAAAUCUGGAAUUUGAUACAUCUAUUUUCCUGUCCAAGUUCACAAUAAGGCUUUAUUGUAGCGUAAGAGCAUUCUUUGCAUCACUUAAGUUAUUAAUGAUGACAGGCAACACUACCAGUAAUCUCUGCUGUACAAUAGAGUGAUGACUUUAGUCUGCACCAGACUGUCUGUCUGCAGGUGGGGCUAGCAUCCCGGGAGCCCACAUUUCUAAGCGUAAACUUAGCAGACAGCGCUGACAACAGUCCUUACAGGUGUUGUAGAAAUAGGUGCACUUGUCACUGUAUCUUUUUCUAUAUUAAAAAAACAUGAAAGAAUCUGCAGUAGGUUGCCUUACUUUGUGCAUGGUUAGAUUUGAUGUUCUCUCUGCAAAUAUUUUAAAACCUUUGUACUCAGUUGUUGGUUGUUCUUUUCUUCCCAUUGCACUUGUAUUUCUCUCUGUCAAGAUUGUGCCAAAUGUUUUCUUUAGGGAAUUUUGUGGUUAGUAGACAAAAUACAUAAAUGUAUAAAAUACUAGUCACAGCCUUUCCCCCUCCCCCCCUUUAUAUUAUAUUGUCCUGUUCUUUACAUGCAAGUUUCUAAGUGGUGUUUGAAUAGUACAGAAAGUCGGUUUGCUGGAGUACUGUGACCCUACCAUCCUACUGUAUGUUUUUAAGUGAUAUUUAGGAUAAUAGGUAGGUAUACUUCUCACUGCACAGAAACAUAGUUGGUUCUACUCAGUGUACCUGUUCCUCCCAGUGUACAAAUUCACCUCUAGUGUUGGCAGCAUCGAUUAGUUUCUGGAUGUCAGUUUCUUUGCUAGAGUGGCCUCUUGUUGGCUUUAGUUUGGAGAAGACGGAGGAGAUGUUAUCUAGUCCAGAAUAUAUGUGCUUCUGUGUUCUGCCAGUGGAAAACUUUCUGUCUGUGCAGCUCUGUUGUUCCUCUCGAGAUCAAGCAAUGUUUUACCAAUAGGCUCAGCUAAUCCUACCAUUUUUUUCUCCCGUUUUAAACCGCAGCAACAUGAUAAACUAUUAUCUCUGUUGAAUUAUGUAAACAAUAAAGAUUCAAGUGAACAUAA